AUAAACGGCCGAUUGUUUUUCAUUUUUAGAAAAUCAACCUUUUACACUUAAAUUUAAAUUGCGUAGCGGACCGAUUUCAGCCCUGGAUUGAAGCAAUACUUUACGUAACUUUGCAGUACGUUCAAAUGACUUUAUCCAGAGGUUUGAAUGACUUGACCAAUACGGCGGCGCCGCCGAGUCCACAGUGGCAGUUCCGCGUUCCGCCGGCAUUAGCGGUGCUGCGUGAGUCCGAGGACCUGUUGCGUUGCAAGCCAACGCACGCGGGCACGCACGCGGACAUGAUGUCCAGAUGGACGGCGUUAAGGUGGGAAUUAAGCGCGGUGACGCGGCGGCUCCUGUUUACCAGCCGGUUGCUAGGCAGCAACAUCAGCUGAUUUACCCCCCCCCCCACACACCCACACCCCCCCUUCCUGGCUAAUCCAUCGGCUCUUCCCUCCUCACCGCGCACUCCUGCCUCGGCUCUGGUGCAGAUAGGCGGCUGAGGGUGGAGCGCGGGAACGGACCGAAGGCGGAAGGGGGUGGCAGUCAGACGGCGGGUGGGGGUGCGAGGCGUGUGUCCAUCGGAGAGGUUCUCUUUCUUUUUGUGUGUGUAUGUGUCUUUCUUUUGUUUUUGCUCCUUUCUUUUCUGUCAGCCCUGCGUUUGGCAGAAGGCUCCCGGCUUGGACCGCAUGCAUGACACAACGCAAAGGCGAGAAACCCACCAUCAGCAUCCAGGAGCACAUGGCCAUUGACGUGUGCCCCGGACCCAUCCAGCCCAUCAAGCAGAUCUCCGACUACUUCCCCCGCUACCCUCGGGGCCUGCCGCCCGUCGGGGCCCCGCGCACCACCCUCUGCGCCGCCCCGGCCGCCGCCUCCGCCUCCGCCUCGGAAAGUGAGGACAGCCCGGACCGGGCGUUCGCCGGAGCUUCGGCUUCCAGGAGAGACGACGAGCCUGACGUGGAGGCGUAUGACUCGGACGACUCCACCACGCUGGGAACGCUGGACUUCAGCUUGCUGUACGACCAGGAGAACAAUGCUCUGCACUGCACCAUUAACAAAGCCAAGGGGCUCAAGCCAAUGGAUCACAACGGGCUCUCGGACCCCUACGUCAAGCUGCACCUUUUACCGGGUGCCAGUAAGGCCAAUAAACUUCGAACCAAGACUCUGCACAACACGCUCAACCCCGUCUGGAGCGAGACGCUGACCUACUAUGGCAUCACCGAUGAAGAUAUGGUCCGAAAAACACUCAGGAUUUCGGUGUGCGACGAGGACAAAUUCCGCCACAACGAGUUCAUCGGCGAGACGCGGAUCCCCCUCAAGAAGCUGAAGCCCAACCAGAGCAAGAACUUCAACAACUGCCUGGAAAAGCAACUACCUGUGAACAAGACGGAGGAAAAGUCGCUGGAGGAGCGAGGGCGCAUCAUGAUCUCCCUGAAAUACAACACCCUCAAGUCGUGCCUGGUGGUGGGCAUCAUACGCUGCGCCCACCUCGCCGCCAUGGAUGCAAACGGAUUCUCCGACCCCUACGUGAAAACGUACCUGAAGCCCGACGAGAACAAAAAGUCAAAGCACAAGACGGCCGUCAAGAAGAAGACGCUUAAUCCCGAGUUCAACGAGGAGUUCUGUUACGACAUCAAGUACGCCGAUCUCACCAAGAAGACCCUGGAGGUGACCGUGUGGGACUACGACAUCGGAAAGUCCAACGAUUUCAUCGGCGGCGUCUCUCUCGGCAUCAACGCCAACGGGGAGCGGCUCAAGCACUGGUUCGACUGCCUCAAGAACAAGGACAAGAAAAUCGAGCGCUGGCACACCCUGACCAACGAAUUACCCGGCUCGCUGAACGACUGAAUGUCGUCCUCGUCCGGCCGUCGGACCCGUCGGACCGGAUCCCACCAUCCCGCUCGACGCCUGCAUCCCAUUUCCACCUUCUUCCCUGCUCCCUCUCGUCGCAUCGAGUACCGGGUAACUUUCAAAAGUAAGCGUCCGCCGGGAC